CUUUCCCAUAUACUAACUGCGGCAGUCAACCAAGUAGCAAGCGCAAUGGCACUACGGGACGAACUUUUAAAGUCAAUAUGGCAUGCUUUCACAGCGUUGGACGUGGACAAAAGCGGGAAAGUGUCCAAGUCGCAGUUAAAGGUGCUCUCUCAUAACUUGUGCACUGUGAUGAGGAUCCCCCAUGACCCAGUGGCCCUUGAGGAGCACUUCAAAGAUGACGACGAAGGCCCCGUCUCUACACAGGGCUAUAUGCCCUACUUGAACAAGUUCAUUUUGGACAAGGUCCAGGACAACUUUAAUCGGCAGGACUUUAACAGAAUGUGCUGGACCCUGUGUGCUCGGAAGAACCUCAACAGGACACACCUCCUCAUCUCGGAUGAAGACGCCUUCAAGAUCUGGUGCAUCUUCAACUUCCUGUCCGAAGACAAAUACCCACUGGCCAUAGUCACUGAGGAGAUCGAGUACUUCCUGCGCAAGCUGACGGAGGCCAUGGGUGGCAGCUGGGUGGAGGAGCGCUUCGAGGACUACAAGCUUGAGCUUUGCACCAAGCAGCAGUGCCUGAGUGCCUGGGAGAUAAUCACCCUGGUGGGCAUUGGCACGUUCAGCAAGGGCAUGGACCGCCAGACCCUCUCUAUGGGCAUCACCGAGGUCUUCCACGAGCUCAUCCUUGACGUAUUCAAACAGGGCUACAUGAUGAAAAAGGGUCACAAGAGAAAGAACUGGACAGAGCGCUGGUUCCUCCUGAAGCCCAACUCCAUAUCCUACUACGUGAGCGAGGACCUGGCAGAGAAGAAGGGUGACAUCCUGCUGGAUGGAAACUGCUGUGUGGAGUCGUUACCGGAUAAGGAAGGGAAGAAGUGCCUGUUCUACGUCAAAUGUUCCGACAAAAGCUAUGAGAUAAGCGCGUCGGAUAAGAAGAGGAAACAGGAGUGGAUACAGGCCAUCCAGACGUGUAUCAGUCUGCUGAAGCUGGGCCGGCCGGCGCCGCACCGCGAGUCCCGCCAGAAGCGGAGGGAGCUGAGGCAGAAACAGCAAGCGGAGCAGGAGGAGCUGGAGCUCAGGAUGAAGGAGCUGCAGACGGCCAACGAGGACAAGCAGCAGGAACUGGAGGCCAUGAGGAAGAAACUGGAGGAGGCGGCGGCCAACGCGGCAGAAGAGGAGAGGAGACUCUUGCAGACGCAGACUGAACAACAGGAUCGCUACAGGGUGGACCUUGAGAGGGAGAAAAUGGUGCGACAGGAGAUGGAGGAGCAGGUGGCUCAGAAGUCCACUGAGCUGGAGCAGUACCUGCAGCGCGUCCGUGAGCUGGAGGACAUGUACCACCGCCUGGAGGACGCCCUGGAGGAGGAGAGAAGCGCGAGGCAGGACGAGGAGACGGUUCGCAGGCUCCAGGCCCGGUUACUAGAGGAGGAGGCGACCAAGAGGGCUGAGCUGGAGCAGAUCCACCUCCACCAGCAGAGGGCCAUCUCUGAGACGGAGGCGGAGAAGCAGGAGCUGGAGAAGGAGGGAACGGCCAAGGAGAAUGCCCUGCAGGCCGCCAUGCUGCAGCUGGAGCAGCUAGAGAGUGAGAGGCAGGGGGCACUGGAGCAAUACCAGGACGUAAUGCAGAAACUGGAGGACGCAGCGAACAACACCAGGACCUGGAAACAUAAAGUGGCCCACCAUGAGGGAUUGGUCCGCCUCAUUCAACCAGGUUCAAAGGGGCCUCAGAAGAUCACUAACUGGGGCCCAGCAGCCUUCACUGAUGCAGAAUUAAGCCUUAGGAAGAAAGAUUGGCAGGAGAGGAAGAACCGACCCGCCCAGACCCAGUAGAGCCCCCAUUCAACACACUCAUGGUUGCUGAAUCAUUGAUAGAACAUUGAUGCAACUUUGCCCUCAGUGUGCAAUGUUGCGUCUUCAGCAUUCAUUAACUCAAAAGGGAACAGGGAAGGCAGGCUCACUCUUACAGAUGCCAGGGUUGUGUUCAUUAGGCACCAAAUAGAAGUCAACAAACUGAAACAGAGAACCUACCUAGGCUUUUUGUCCAAUAGGAAAGGCAAAUGUUAUUUUUCCGUUGCAAAUCGAUUUGAAACGUUUUCUGUUUCGUGCCCUAAUGAACUCGACCCAGGUGCUGCACAGAUCUUGAUACUACCUGCAUAGCCUGAGAGUAAAAUUAACAGCCAGAUUCAAAUUGCUCUCAUAUGAAGGACUGAAGGAGCUGCGCACUUGACACUAGUAAUUCAAUGUCUGAGGAAGGUGGAGUGUGAUUCCUUUUAUCAAAACGUUUUUGACCGUGUUUUGAUUAUAAAUUUUUUUCCUAAGGGA